CGAGUCUGGGCAGGGAGUAGACCUCCAAGAUGGCGGCGCGGUGGGGAACAGGCGAGGAGACUUUAACAGCGUGCAAUAUGGAUUUUUUCCCUUUGGAUACACUAGACGAGACUGAUGAGCUGAGCUCCGGAGAAACUCUGGAGGCCCUUCAAAGCUGCUUAGAUCUGUCCUUCUUUGAGGACACAGCGACAAUAGAGUCUAAAGUCCUAGAUGAUGACAAUGAAGCCACGCUGCUAACAGCCCUGACGGAGAUUCUUGACAAUGUAGAAGAUGAGAACCUGUCUCCGUUUGACAUACUGCCUGACUCAGACCUGCUGUCAGGUCAAAAGGGCAGGGAACAGUCUCCGCUCAGGAAAUUACUGGGUUUAUCACGUUCCCCUACAGAGAAAGACGCACCAUCGAGGCCUUUAUCAACUGGAAAGAGCCUCCCUAGGAUACAGAAAAACUCUAUGCAGAGGAGUGAUGGGGAGGAAGAGGAAGACGGCUCCCUCACGCUGAGCCCAGUUGGGCCUGACUCAUGUCAUGACGCUGGCCUGCUAGACUGGGAGGGUCUGUCCCUCCUACAUCCUCUUACCUUGGAGCAGACAAAUGAAGACAGUGUCUCAAUUAGCCUGGGCGACCUGGUCAGGCAUAUCCAACCCUACUGCUUGUCGGUAUGUGUGGAGAAUGAGGCAGGGGAACAGAUUAUGCCCGAAGGAGGCAUAGUGCUUGAGGUCGUGGACCAGGGGGAAAAUGGAGAACCCAUCCUGGCCAUCCCAGACAUGAAUCUUCAAGUUUCUCUACCAGUUAAAGAGCAGCUUUCAGAAAAAGAGCAGAAAGUUUCAGAUGAAGCAGAAGACAGUUCAGAGCAUAUAGUUGUUGAUGACGAAGAUGAUGUAAUGGUCAACAAAGCACCUGUGAAAAUCACAUCCCCAGAAACAACAGUGUGUUUAGAUGUAAAAGAUGAGAAGACCGUUAAGAGCCAAAUGGAAGAAAUUAAAGAGAAAAGUCCAUCCAGGAGGAAAAAGAAAAAGAAAUGCAAGCAACAGUCUCAUCCUUAUCCUGUGGAAGGAAGAGUCCUUCGGAGUGGCACCGCAAGAAAUGCAGCACAGGAACUGCCCAAAGAGCCCAAAAGAAAAUCUGUCAAAGAAGAAAAGAAACAAAAACUCCCAAAAGUUCCUCCUGCCUCAACCCAAGCUCCAUCGAUGGUAAAACCUAAAGAAAAAGAGCUAUGCCAAACUGAAACUCAACCUCAGACCUCCACUACAGCAGUAAUCAGUGAAGUGACUGUGCUACAAACUAAAGUUAAACCUCUGUCCUCUAGACAGGACACAGUACCGUUAAGUGCUAAACCUGGGAAGAGUGAAGACAGCUAUUCACCCACAGCAAUGAGUUCUCAGGAUCCCAGUGAAGCUUCACAACAGCCAGUCCAAGCCCCCACUGAGCUCGGGAAUGUAUCAGCACCUCCCCCUGUUUCCCUCUCUCCGGUGUCUUCAGAGAUCCCGACAGCUGCUCCCAUCUCUGUGACUCCCGAGGUGAUGCCGAGUGCUAGUGAGGCUGUGCCUCCAGCAGUCCCAGAGCCCAAACCCAAAGCACUUAGUUUAGAGGAGUAUAGACGGCUUAGACAACAGAAAAGGCCUGCUCCAGUGGAAAAGCAAGGCAACAAUAGCACCAAGUGGCCUAGCCUCCCAGAGCUUCCCAAAGAGCUUCCCCCUAUUCCCUGCCUGCCUGACCCAAGCCCCAAGGAUCCUCGACGUCCCAUCACCCAGCCGGCAAAAAAGGAGGUGGAGGAGGUCAAACCUGCGUGGCAACCAAGAGGACCAUGUGCACCACCGACCCCCGAAGCACUGCUGGCUCCACCUGCCUACAUGGUUGCCCCUUCCAGCAAGGUUUCAGCUGCUACUUCAGUUCCUAAACCCCAACAAACACCCGAACCGCCCAGUCUGCCUCAGAAAAAUCCUGUUCUGGUCCCUAAUGUAGUUAAAGAUUCAGCCAUGCCCCAAAAUGUCACUACUCAGCCUGCAGCACCUAAUGUGCCUAAAAACUUUGGGGCUCCUAACACUCAGCUCGCAUCUUCAGUAGAUGCGAAAUGUUCUCCUGCUCUUUCAGGAGGGAUGGAUGGAGUAGAUGGAGUCCCCAUCUCUCAGCCUGUAUCUCCUAAGUGUGAAGAGCGCACCAAGACCACUCUUAAAACCACUACAGAUGAAAUAAAACCCACUGCUGCUACUGGAUCUCUUCCCAGUGUCCCCCAGAAGACUACUGUGGUUUCCCAGAAAGUGCCUGAGGUCACUGCUCUCACUUCCUUAAAUAACACCAUUGCAUCUGAUAGCAAGUCCUCCAAAUCCACAGCUGAUGGUACCCAGCUGUGUUCCACUCCAGCUGCUAGUCUCUCGGACUCCCAGAGUCUAAAAACAAAACCAGUUGUUGCUGAAACUAAAGAAACACCCACAACACCAGUGGAAGCCCAAAGAGCAAAGAGCUCCACACAGGAGCUGAUUGAAGCAUUCACAAGUGAAAUAGGUAUUGAAGCUGCUGAUCUGACCAGUUUACUGGAGCAGUUUGAGGAAACCCAAGCCAAAGAGGAGCAAUGUGUGUCGGAGGUCUCUGGUAGAGCAGCAGCUGUAGGAAACUCGAGUGUCGAACUGGUUCCAGAGAAGUCUGUUGUGGAACGUGUAAAAGCUAGUGACAUCUCAAGCACUGCAGCUCUGACACCUCCAGCCACUCCUCCUCAUCAAAUGUGGAAACCCCUGGCAGCUGUGGCCCUGCUUGGGAAGAGCAAAGCCUCCGAAGCCUCCAAGUCGAGCCCCUCCAAAGUUAUCCAGAUAGAAGCUCGGCCUCUGCCCUCAGUCAGGCCACGUAGCAAACCCACGCUCGCUGCUGCCACUGUAGCCCCUGAUUUGGCGUGCAUGGAUCAUGACUAUUGCCUUCCCAACAAAGGCACUCCCACUGCAGAGCCAGGCAAGCGUUGGAAUAUUAAACAGCAGUCUUUUAUCACUAUUAAACCCAUCAGGCAACAUACUCCAACCACUACACAAACCCCAGCUGCCCUGGCAUCAACUCUCCAAUCUACCAUAAAUCAGGCGGUUUUAACCAAAACACAAGUUUGUCCAGUGAAGCCCCUGGAGCCCAAGGCAAAUAGGUUGGACAAAAGCUCUGUUAUGGAGACUCCAGAUGCUUCUCCUACUCGGCCGGAGACUGAAUUGAAGGAAAGGAGCCCAAGGAGAGGUCCGUUGGGAAGGUCGUACCGUCGCCAUGCUGCUUCUCGCACACCCAGCCCCGGAUGUAGUCCUGAAGAGAGGACCAGAGGCCGGUCUAGAAAAAGAUCACAUCAUUCUCCCAGUCCAAUGUCCAGCUGUUCAGAGUCAGACUCCGAUUCUUCUAGAUCUCGGUCUAGAUCACACUCUCCAACAAAGAAAAGGUAUCGUCACCAGAGCAGUUCCAGCUCCUCAUCCCGUUCCUCCUAUCGGCAUUCUGUGUCCCGCUCUCCUCCCAGAAGGAGAAGGUAUUCCUAUUCUUCUUCUCGUUCUGGCUCUUGGAGUCGCUCCAGAUCACGAUCUCGGUCCCCUCAAAGACGGGAUCAGUGGAGUAAAGGCAGACGAUUGUACAGUCCCUCAUAUCGGCCAAGCUAUGGUCAUGCUCCAAAGCCAAAUGCAGAAGAGGUAAAGAGAUGCAAGGAGAAAGCCAUUGAGGAGCGCCGUGUUGUUUACGUUGGUAAAAUCCGGGGAACGAUGACCCAAAAAGAACUAAAAGAGCGCUUCUCCUAUUUUGGCGAGAUUGAAGAAUGUACCCUGCACUUUAGAGACCAUGGGGACAACUACGGCUUUGUGACUUAUUACAACACCAAGGAUGCUUUCACGGCGAUUGAGAAUGGAAGUAAACUGCGCAAGCCUGACGAGUUGCCGUUUGAUCUCUGUUUCGGUGGAAGGAGACAGUUCUGCCAGAGCAACUAUGCUGACUUAGAUUCGAGUAGAGAGUACGAGCCAACGCCUGCAAAAGGCAAGUAUCAUGCACUAGACUUCGACACUUUACUGAGGCAGGCCCAGCAGAAUCUGAAGAGGUAACAGGAGGCCUGCAGCAGGACGCAGCAGAUAUUUACCUCAGAGCUGACGAUGGCUCCUCACCUGCAACACUGUUUACAGUUUAGCUGUUGCAUUAGGGAUUUGUUUUUUGUUCUUUUUGUAAUGUUGUUUCUGCAAGCUAACACCUUCUAUUGAAGUGAAGAUUUAUAAUGAAAAAAGUAAAAGGAGGCAAAAAAAUUGAAUAAAUGGAAUAAAUACAACAAUAAUUUUUUAAAAAAGUUUAUUUAAAUGUACAAUUGAACUUGAAUUGUAUGGAGAGGGAAUUGUUUUUAAAAGGGUGGAAUAAGUAUAAU